AUAGUCAGUCCAAAAAAAUGCGGCGCGUUUGCGACAGUUUGCUCUCUCAUGGCGCGUGGUGUUUAUAACGUUCAGGUCUUCCAGGGGUUUAUAGCCAUUUCCUCUGUAAAAAACAGAAACCCUAGAAAUCAAAAUCAGUGGUGAUGGUGUUGAGAAGCCUAACCAUAUCUCACGAACUCAUCAAAAACUCGAAAAAUCCACCAUCGUUAAACCACAAAUUGAGAUGGAUAUCGAGCUUGAAAGUGGUGUGGAAGAAGGACACGAAGCUGGACAAAGCCAUCGAGCGGGACAAGCGCUACAAUCUCUGCGCUCGCGUCGUCAAAGAAGUGCUUAACGAGCCAGGCCAAGCCAUCCCCCUCAGGUACCUCGAGAAGCGCCGCGAGAGGCUGCGCCUCAACUUCAAAGCCAAGAGCUUCGUGGAGAUGAACCCUUCCUUGUUCGAGAUCUACCACGAUCGGAUCAAACCGAAGUCGGAUCCGGUUCAAUUCGUCCGCCCCACGCCCCGUCUCAGAGCAUUCCUGGAAGAAGAAGAGAGGAUCUACGCUGAGAACGAGCCGCUGAUCGUCGCUAAGCUCUGCAAGCUGCUGAUGAUGGCGAAGGAUAAAGUCAUCAGCGCUGAGAAACUGGUUCAUGUGAAGAGGGAUUUCGGUUUUCCAAAUGAUUUUCUGGUUAGGUUGGUUAAGAAAUAUCCAAACUAUUUCCGGUUAACCGGUUUAGUUGAAGAGGGAGGAGGUAAGUCCUUUCUCGAGCUCGUUGAUUGGAACCCUGAUUUCGCCAAAUCGGUUAUCGAGAUUAGAGCCCAAGAAGAAACCGUUAGAACCGGUGUUCGCGUCCGGCCCAAUUUCGACGUGAAGUUACCGUCGGGGCUAUUCCUGAGGAAGGAGAUGAGAGAGUGGACUAGAGACUGGUUGGAGCAAGAUUACAUAUCGCCGUACGAGGAUGUUUCUCGUUUGGACCAAGCUUCCAAGGAGAUGGAGAAGCGAACUGUUGGGGUUUUUCACGAGUUACUGUCUCUCUCGUUGUUGAAGAGAGUCCCUGUGCCUAUACUCGGCAAAUUCUGCGAGGAGUUUAGGUUCUCGAACGCGUUCUCGAGUGUUUUUACUCGUCACUCGGGUGUAUUCUACUUGUCGCUGAAAGGUGGGAUCAAGACUGCGGUAUUGAGGCAGGCUUAUAAAGACGAGGAGUUGGUUGAUAGAGAUCCUUUGCUGGCUAUUAAGGAUAAGUUCUUGAGGUUGUUGGAGGAAGGAUGGCAAGAGAGGAAGGAUCGAUUGAAAAUGCAGAGGGAACAGGUUGAGAAAGAUAGGGAGAUUGCCAAGAAGCAGCAGGAGCCUGAAGAGCGUCUCUGUGAGUAACUCACAAACAAGCCUCUGUCUUGUCUGAUUACUGCUGCUGUCAACGCACUUGUCAGAUUUACUCUAGUGACCAAAUGAUGCAUAUUUUGAUAACGAUGUUGGUGUAAAGCAAUUGCUAGACUUGCUUUUGAACAUCGUCUUGGAUGUUAGAGGAUCAAUCAUAACUCAGUUGCAACAAAUACCAUCACUUUUCUUUUA